AUGUCGAAAUCACUCGCAGCAAUUAGAUCAGCAGCCAUCGACGGGCGUCUUCACAACCCGUUCUACCGAAAAGAUCAAUUGCGGAAUAUUCAUACUGCGUUGGCUGAUAAAGCUGUGCAGAUUCAAGAUGCUAUUGCGAAAGACACAAAGCAUCAGCCUGCUGAGGUAAAGGUUGAGUAUUGGCUUGCUUUGCAGGCCAUUGCCGAAGCGCAUGAGUCGCUUGAUCCAGUUAAAGCAACUGAGGAUGAGUAUGCUGUUACGAAGGGUCAUGACGAUGCUACUUGUCGAGAACCAAUUGGUAUUGUUGUCAUUGAGCCUGCGUAUCAUGCGUUCUUUUAUGGAUUGAUCGCGGCGUUAGCGCCAGCUCUUGCGGCAGGAAACUGUAUUAUUGUGCAGGCUCAAAACUCACUACGCGAAACACCAAAAAUCGUGCUAGAUCUGAUUGCCAAGUCCCUGGAUAGAGAUAUCUUCACAGUCUCAAACCAAGAAGUCACAGCACAAGACAUCAGCCUUCCUCACAUCCGCGUCUCUCAAAACGGCUCAGACGGCCCAAUCCUCAAGGACCAUCUCGUAUCAGACCCCGAAGCACCAGUCGUAGCAUUCGUGGAGCGAGACGCAGAUAUCCAAGCAGCCGCCAAAGCUCUCGUAUCAGCACGUUUCAGCCUGCAAGGCAAAGCCCCCUACGCCCCUGACGUCGUUCUCGUCAACGAAUGGGUCAAGAAGGAUUUGCUACGCGCUCUCGUGCAGCAGAGCACUGAGUUCUUGGCUAAUUCACCGAACAAGACUAAAGCGCCUAAAUCAGCGCUGUCGAAAGAGGUUGAGAAGGAUGAUUCUGUGCAUGUUGUGCUUUCUGGGUCGAAUGGAGUGAUUCUCGAUGUUGAGAGCAGGGAAUCGAAUUUGCUUAACCAAAAGGUUGAUGAGACGACGCUUAUUGUGCAUGCUGUUACGAGUAUGGACGAUGCUAUUGAUACUUCAAGGGAUAUUGGGUCUCUAGCCGCUGCUUAUAUCUUCACCAAUCCCGCCAUGGCCAAGUAUCUAUGCCAAUUCGUGGAUACAGCCGUCAGUUUCGUCAACCACAUCCCCACCAAACUCCUCUAUUCUCCAACCGCACCAUCCGGCAUCCCUCCCCAAUCUGGGACCAACAACAUCUACCACCAAGAUCUCUUCUCCCGCCUAAAGCCAAAGUAUCUCACCAAGUCCGCCACUGACAGCAAACUGGACAAGAUUGUCAAUACAACUUCAACUAGAGAGCUAAGUGCGCUGGAUCAAGAGGCUACAAAGAGACUGCCUGAGAUGAAGCGGAAGCUCAAGGGAACGCAGCUUGGUUUCUUUGAGCAGGGCAUCGUGACGAGUUUGGUGUUUAUCUUGACGACGGCUGUAACUUCGACGAGUAUUCUGGGAUAUUAUGGCUAUAGGUACUUGAGAUCGUGA